AUGCAGGCACUAUGGUCCAGAGCGGGCCAGGCGCAUCAUUGCGGAUGCAAGGCCUGCUUCAAUGCCGCCGGUGGCAUGAUACGGCAGUCAGCGACGCGGGUGACGCCCCGUAAACCGACCUUCAGCGAGAUAUUUACAGCCUGCUACACGGGAAUCAUGGCCACCGCCGCCGUGAUUGAUGCAAAGGCCAAGGACAAACGCCGGUUGGAACUGGACCGGCAACUCGAGGAGGCUAGGGCGGAGCUUGACACUUUAAAAAAGCGGAGGCCGCGACAGUACGACGACGAUUCAGCACCCCCGGGAAGCGUCGAGAACCGAUAUCAGGGCUCAUUAUGGGAGCAUAAGAGACAGAAGGGCGAGAUAUCCGAAUUUCUAGACUCUCUUAGUCACCUGGACAGCUGGGCGAAACCACUGCCCAGGUCCGGCGAGGUGAAUAGGUACUGGGAGGAGUGCGGAUUCAUCACGACGAAAGACUCCCUUGCGAGGCUCAAAGCGAUCAAUUACGCGGAUUGUGACAACCGAUUGAUGGAGGAGGAGAACAGACAGGGCCCGGAUAUGGCGCAUCGCAUGCCGAAAACACUCCAACAAUUGGAGAUGGCUGAGCUCGGCAUGGCAGACUUGGUAGACCGCAUGGUCAGGGACUCCAAGAAGAUCCUUCAAGCCAGUGAUUGGGAAGCGCUUCAGAACGAAGUCGCACUACUAAGGAACGAUAAUAUGCCUCGUUACCGAGAGGACUCUGACACAGCGACCGUAAAAGCGUGCAGCGCGAAGCUGAACACCUCCCUCGGCGCCAUCUUCGCCAACGAGUCUUACGACCAGCGUAAAAAGAUCAGCAAAAUGUGUCACAACCUUCUCGUAUCGCCGCAACCACCAACCAUAUUUACAUACAAUACGCUUAUUCUAGGCCUUAACCGCUCAGGGCUUCACUCACUGGCCCAGGGUGUCGUGGGCGCUUUUUUCAAAUCCAAGGUCGAACCGACGAGGAAGACCAUGGCCUGCCUACUGAACCACUUCAGAGAGAGUGGUGAAGAACAAAGGUUCUUUAACGUCAUCCAGCGAAUGACAGGCAAAGAUGCUCGGGGUAUCAAGAUCCGCAGGAAAGAGAUUGAGGAUGUCCUCACGCACGAGCAACUCUUCCUAUGGGCGGCAGUGAAGAAUGUCGCUAUCGGCAACAAAUAUGUCGUCGAGCGGGCAUGGUUUGAUGUCGACAUUUUCACGGCCAUUAUCCAAGGCAUGCUGAACUUCAACUUUGUGAGGCAUGCGGCGGCAACCUUUUCCAUUGCUCUUAAAUACGGUAUCACGUUCGACGUCCAAACAACAUCAAAUUUGCUCGAGCAGUGCAUAUAUACCUUGGACACCAAGGCUGCGCAGCAGAUUUUAGACGCGUUCCAGAUGAAGCCUAGACUUAUCAGAGCAACCUUCAGACAAGAAAAGGAUCAGCAAUACCUAGCAGGCCGCAUCCAGAACUUGAUAGACAUCUGCCACCUCGACCAGACGCCCUUUUCUGUGGCCCCAUGGUUACAGGUCUCGGAGUCCAAGCUACCAUCUGAGGCACAGAGGCGCGGCAUGCGCAUCGUCAGCAUCAUCCACCAAGCCCACAGAGCCCAGAAGAAGAUUAAAAAGUACCAAUGGGACUUGAAGCUUCUUCAAGCCGGCGUUGCUCCGUUAGAAACCCGCAAGCAGGCUACCCGUUCAAGCUACAAGAAAGCACAGCAACCAGCACAACGUCGGCGACAAGAGUUUGCGGCGCCCAAUUUAAUUGAGGAAACGCCAAAACUAACAGCGUGGGAUCACCUAGAGGCGGCAACUGAUGCGCAAAAGCGCGGAAGGCCCGCAACUGUGAACAGCGACGUGUGGCAUAGCCUCCGUGUAGGCCAACCUGUGGUCCGGAGAGGAGAGCUGAUGGCUGCGAGUUCUUUUUGA